AGAAACCACACGCACCAGGCACAGUUCUCUCGACGGAAGCGGUUUUUAUAGUCUUUUGACUGGGACGGUGAAACCGAAACCGAAGAAGCCUGGGAAUCCCUCCUCCAGUCCAAGAGUCCAAGGAGUUCUCAGAGAGGUCUCAAUCUCUCAGAGCUUCAGAGCCCCAGCCACUGCAAUAUAACAAGAAUGGAUAAAAGGCCAAACAAGAAAACAAAAACUCUGAGCAAGAAACGAGCUGUAAUCUGAAAAAGGGUCCUCCCAGUCUCUUCCUGCCAUCACUAAAGACUACGAAGCUUCCGACGUUUACUCCUAGAAACGCUAGGCGACAUUGCCAUUCAAUCUCCCUCUGUGGCUUCUGUCCUAUUUCACGCCACUUUGCUCUCUUAUAGCUAUUAGUUCUGUGAAGGCCUUUAAUGGCAUCUGUGAACGAGGGUUUCGACGAAGACCUGUUCCCUGGCGGGAAUUUCACUGAUUUUCUAGGUUCCGUAGACGACGCUAGUCUUGAUAUGGCCGGCACUGGAAGCUUUAUCUUUCCGGUAGAAAACACUCCUGAGAUACUCUGUUUUGAGAAACCAUGCAACCAAGGAGACAAUGCGCUCAGUGAGUAUGGGGUGGUCGCCCAGAAAUCGGGAACCACGGCUAGUGACUCUUCUUCGGCUACAUCUAGCAAUCACAGUAGCACUGGUAGCUUCUCCAAGUCCCAAGGCGGAGAAGCUAAGAUAGAGCAAAAGAAACGAAAUGAAUUGGACCUGGGAUCGGUUCCUGCUUCGGGCUUGGUCCCAGGAGUUCCAUUUGGCAACCAGAGAACGAACAAGAAGGCUAAAACAGAGAACCCCGCCUCGACAGGGCCUGCAAAGGCGAAGAAAGAGAGGAUUGGAGAACGGAUUAUAACAUUGCAGAAACUUGUUUGUCCUUACGGGAAGACAGACGCGGCUUCAGUUCUUCACGAAGCGAUGGGGUAUAUUAGAUUUCUCCAUGACCAAGUUCAGGUUUUGAGUUCUCCGUAUAUGCAGCGACUGCCAUCGUCUGAACCUGUUCAUGUAAAUGAGGGAAGAGGGAAGGAAGAAGAAGGAUCAAAAUGCGAUCUGAGGAGCAGGGGCUUGUGCUUGGUUCCAGUUCAAUGCAUGGCUCACGUGGCCAAUAGUAAUGGAGCUGAUUUCUGGUUGUCCGGCAUGGCAUCCAACUCAAACUCCAAGCAAUGACUUCUCAGACUUCUUAUACAAAAUUUACAGAGCUAAAAAAAGCAGAAGAGCUGAUUCUUUUUGGGCUCUUUUCUUUGCUUUCAUGGCUGCAUUUACAUAUCAAAAUAGAUAACAACAUAUGAAAUAAUUAGGGUUUUUUUCCUUUUUUUUAUUUUAAGUUUUUCUUGGAAAGUGAGGAGCUCUCCUCUAGUGUGAUUAUGUGGUUAAAAAACCAAUACAAUUGAUUAAACUGA